CACCCCACCUUCCUGAUCUCCACGGCGACGGGCCCAUUUGGGCGCGCGUCAGAGCAGCCCGUCUCUUGGCAACGGCUGGAUGUCUCUCUCUCUCUCUCUCUCUCUCUCUCUCUCCCUCUCCCCCUUCUCUUUCAGCCUCGCGCUUGGGCGCGCGUCGCUCUGGCGUCAAAGUGACGUCAAUGGGUCUGUCUCGGUUUUCGGGGUGGGCGGGGGGAGGGCUUCCCGCGUGUUCCUCUGCCCUCUGCACACACAGAGCGCGCUGGCAGCGGGGAGAGCAGCAGCAGCAGCGGCACCACUAGCAGCAGCAGCAGCUUGAGAGCCUGGCAGGCAGACGAGCGCGGAGGAGGUGGCGGCAGCAGCAGCAGCCAGCCAGCCAGCCUAGCACAAGGUGCAAAUUACAGUCUUCGAAGAGGAAUGCUUAUGUAGAUGUUUCUAAAUAGUGUUUGUCACUCACCAGAAUCAAACCAUGGUGAUCAUGUCAGAUUAUACAACUGUCCCCACCUCAAACCAGAGCCAGCAGAGGCCUCUUCGGGUCGGAUUCUAUGAUAUUGAGAGGACCUUGGGAAAAGGCAAUUUUGCCGUAGUAAAAUUGGCAAGACACAGAGUAACCAAAACGCAGGUUGCAAUAAAAAUUAUAGACAAAACACGGUUAGAUCCAAGCAAUUUGGAGAAAAUCUAUCGAGAGGUUCAGAUAAUGAAGCUUUUGAACCACCCCCACAUUAUCAAGCUGUAUCAGGUUAUGGAGACAAAAGAUAUGCUUUACAUUGUAACGGAAUUUGCAAAAAAUGGAGAAAUGUUUGAUCACCUGACUUCUCAUGGUCACCUGAGUGAGAGUGAAGCACGGAAGAAGUUCUGGCAGAUCCUUUCAGCUGUAGAAUAUUGUCACAGUCAUCACAUAGUGCACAGAGACCUCAAAACAGAGAACCUGCUGUUAGAUGCUAACAUGAACAUCAAGCUUGCAGACUUUGGUUUUGGAAACUUCUACAAAUCUGGAGAUCCUCUCUCUACAUGGUGUGGGAGCCCACCUUAUGCAGCCCCUGAAGUUUUUGAAGGAAAGGAAUAUGAAGGUCCACACCUUGAUAUAUGGAGCCUUGGUGUGGUGCUGUAUGUCCUUGUCUGUGGCUCUCUGCCGUUUGAUGGACCCAAUUUGCCAUCUUUAAGACAAAGGGUGCUCGAAGGACGAUUCCGCAUUCCCUACUUCAUGUCUCAAGACUGUGAAACUCUAAUUCGACGGAUGCUGGUUGUGGAUCCUACAAAACGAAUCACAAUUGCCCAAAUAAAGCAGCACAAAUGGAUGCAAGCAGACCCUUCUCUCCAGCAGCAGCAGUCUUUGUCAUUUUCCAUGCAGAACUACAACUCCAACCUGGGUGACUACAAUGAACAAGUCCUUGGGAUCAUGCAUACUCUUGGGAUUGACAGACAGAGAACAGUUGAGUCUUUACAAAAUACCAGCUAUAAUCAUUUUGCUGCAAUUUAUUACCUUCUCCUGGAGCGUCUCAAGGAGUACCGAAGCAAUCAGUUGUCAAAUCGCCCAGUAAGCAGCCGUCAGCAAAGGCCAAGGAGCUCAGACUUCAGCAACGUUGAGUUGCCCCAAGACAGUCUUGCUAGUGAGACCUUGAGAUCAUCUCUGCUCUAUCAGCAGCCUCAUAAUCUGAUUCAGUCAUCCUUACAGGCAGAAAUGGAUUGUGACAUAAACAACCCAUUGCAGCCUAUGUUCUUUCCUGUGGACCCGAACUUCAACAGUCUUUUUAGGAAUCGCUCAAUCUCUCCAAACAGCCUCCUGGAAACCACCAUCAGUGAGGAAGUCAAGCAGGACAAGGAACUGGAAGAGGAAAUUAAAGCCUUCAACCCAAUUCGCCUCCCCAUCAAUACAAGUCGAAGGCACACUCUGGCUGAAGUGACAACUCAUUUUUAUCAAUGUUCUCCACCAUGUAUAGUCAUUUCCUCUUCUGCAAGCCCCACAGAAGGAACCAGUUCUGACAGCUGCCUCACUUCAUCAGCAAAUGAUGGGUCUGUGACUCUAAGCAACUGCUUGGAAGAUCAGAUGUUUGGUCACCCAGCCACAUCCAGAAUGACAUCAUCGUUUCUGACUUCCCAUUCAGACACACCAGUAUUGCAGGCUCAGGGUUGCAUGGGUGGUGCUUCUCUGUUGCCUGUCAGCUUCCAGGAAGGAAGGAGGGCAUCUGAUACCUCACUAACUCAAGGCUUGAAGGCUUUUAGACAGCAGCUACGGAAGAAUGCUAGAGCCAAAGGUUUUCUGGGACUGAAUAAAAUCAAAGGGCUCGCUCGCCAGGUAUGCCAGUCCUCUUCUGCUCGGAUAGCACGGAAUGGGAUGAGUCCUUUCCAGCAUUCUCAGCAGAGUGCCUGCAUAUACAGCAGCAGCGGAAAUGGUGGCAGUGGUGCAAUCAGCAGUGGCGGGAGCAGCAGAGAGAGCAGGAGCCUGCUUGAAGAGGUGCUUCAGCAGCAGAGAAUGCUCCAGUUACAACAUCAACAGCCAGCCUGUCACCAGCCUUCUCAGGUGUCUCAGUCGCACACCUUCCUCUUGCCUGACACUACUGGAAGCAAAGCAUCCAAUUCCUUCCUCCUGUCUGAACUGCAAAGUGAGAACUCAUUAGAGUUGGCCUUUUGCAACAUGCAGGUUCUUCAGCCCCACCUCUUUGGGGUCAGUGUUUCUCCAGUAACGUCAGCUGCUCACCUUCUAGACACCCACCUGCACAUCAGCAGCAAUGUGUCCCCAAUUGCCUCCAUGUUUUCUCAGCAGAAUGGCUUUGCCGUGCAAUCUCCAAGCUGCGAUGCAGUCACUUUGAAGCAUGGGGACUGUGAAAUGGAGGACCUUACUUCCACCCAGAUGGGAAAAUGUGUCCUAGUCAAAUGAGAUCUCCCCCUACAACUGUCGUGAUUCACACAUCUCUUUUGGAAGAGUCUGCUGCUUUUGCUAAGAUCUGCAGAUGGGCAAUUUUAUUUUGCAACAAUUAAAACUCUCAGAAGCAAUAACAUUUGAAAUAUGUGAAGAAGCCAUUUGGCUUAGUAAAGGCCCUAACUUUAUAGAAUUGGGGGGGGGGGACAAGCAAUACUAGCAUCUUUUGGCUUCAACUGUACUUGCACUGAACAAAUAUAACCAGACACUGAAAGAAGG